CAGAUUAUCUUAUCUGUGUUUAGUCACGUGAGCGGAUAUCUCCGAUCGAUGACAUUCGAUCAAAAAAAUACACCCGAAAAUAGACAGGGCUAUCGCCUUCAUCACAAGGCACUUGUACUUCACCGCUUUGUCAUUCUAACCGUCCCCCCUUCCCUUCUCCUCCCUCUUUUGUGUUAACUAUGGCUGACAAAGUCGCCAAAUGGUCGUCCGGUUCGUCUUACGGACCCGUGCUGUCACAAACCGACCUCUACCUACUCAACCCCACUCUCGAAAUCCACCCCAUCCUAUGCGGGAAGAGUCCCAAGUUCCAACUUGUUUUCAAUCUCAGCAACGGGCAUUCCGGGGGUUUCAACCCUGAUCAGAGGGACGCUGAUCUCCCUUUCAAUGCUAAAGAUGAGCCUGCGACGCUUCCCCGCGUUCAACAACUGUAUAUCAUCACGGACAUCACACCGUGGUGCACGACCGUUAAGAACGACCGGGGUGUUACUAUGAAUGAUAUCUGCCAGGCCAUGUGGAGAGAUUAUUCUGAGCACUACGUAACUGACACGGAGUUUGGGACGCUUCCCCCACGGCUGCAAGAGCAAGUCAAACGGGCGAGUAGCUCUCGAGGUGCUCAGAACGCCCAUUGGAACAUGUAUUAUUCUCCCGGACAAGCCGCGACUCGGUUCAGAAGAUUUGAUUGGCUCCGCGAUCGUUACUAUUUCGAGAACUUGCGUCGAGAUGACGGCUAUGCGGAGUCUCGUCUUGGCUUCAAGGCUCCGAACAUCUUUGUCAUGUCUUUGACAGCUUAAUCAUACGUUUCAACAGCAUCUUUCAGUCAGUCACUUCCGGAUGUAUAACAUUUUCUUGUAAUCCAUAACCGUGUAACUCUUGGAUCGAUAAGAAAAAAACAUCAGCCAGGAGAUCAGGGAAGGCUGUUAUUGGCCGUGUAAAACAAGAUCCUUUUUACUGCAGCAGCGGCAGGGAGACACGGUUAAUUGUACA